ACUCCAACCCGUCUCUCUCUCCCUCCCUCUCUCUCGCUCUCCGUCGGUGAGAAGCAGCUGCAGCCAUGGCGCAGUACAGCAAGGUCGCCCCGACCCCUCUGCUGAAGGACGAGCUCGACAUCGUCAUCCCCACCAUCCGAAACCUCGAUUUCCUCGAGAUGUGGAGGCCCUUCUUCCAGCAGUACCACCUCAUCAUCGUCCAGGACGGCGACCCGUCGAAGGUGAUCAAGGUCCCGGAGGGCUUCGACUACGAGCUCUACAACCGCAACGAUAUCAACCGGAUUCUGGGUCCCAAGGCGUCCUGCAUCUCCUUCAAGGACUCUGCUUGCAGAUGCUUCGGCUACAUGGUCUCCAAGAAGAAGUACAUCUUCACCAUCGACGACGAUUGCUUUGUUGCCAAAGAUCCUUCUGGCAAAGAUAUCAAUGCACUUGAGCAGCAUAUCAAGAACCUUCUGUCUCCGUCAACUCCAUUUUUCGUCAGCAGGUGUGUGGUGCAGGGGAACCUUAAGAUUGGAAGUCUCAGAGAAGUUGAUGUUAAGUCUGGGCUUCCUGCCACUACAAGUACUGAAAGAUUGGAACUUCUUGACGAUGACGAGCAUAUUCUUAGCAUUAAAAUAAUUGGUGGGGAUCACAGACUUAGGGUAUGAAGACUUUGAUAUGAAGUUCUGUGUUCACCGGAGUCUUUGCAUAUCCUUUUAUAAUUCAGCACAUACUUCUCUUUUCCUUUUAUUUGGUUGCACAUUUCUCAGCAUACAAGCUAAAAGGUUAACUAGUUCACAAGAUUUUGAUAUGAAGUUCUGUGUUCACCGGA